AUGGAGGUUAAUACUACGCUAUCAGGACGCACCUUCAUAGACUUGCGCAUUUUAACGCAGAAACUUCUCUCUUCGGCGAACCGGUCCCAGCCAUUUCUGGACAAUGAAACGGAAAGCGUCUCCGAGGAGGAUUUGGACGUGAAUACAGACAUCUAUUCUAAAGUUUUUGUUACUGUGAUUUCGGUGGUGUUGUUUGUAAUCGGAUGUUGUGGAACUCAGAUCACCUUGUACACACUUUUCACGAAGAAAUCUCUUCAAAACCUCCAGAGGAGAACUUUGGUGCACUAUCCCCUGGCGAGUCUGGCCAUAUCCGAUCUGCUCAUCUUGAUCCUCUGCAUGCCCAUUGAGUUAUACAACUUCAUCUGGGUCCAUCACCCGUGGGCUUUUGGCGAGGCUGUUUGUAAAGGGGAUACUACUUUGCUGCGGGACGGCUUGCUCGUAUGCGAACGGCGUUCAACAUCGCCAGCCCUGAGCGUGGAGCGCUUCAUGGCCAUCUGCCACCCGUUCAAGGCGAAGAGCAUCAUGUCGCGGAGCCGCACCAAGAAACUCAUCAGCGCUAUGGGGGUCGCGUCUUUUCUCCUGGCCACUCCGAUGCUCUUCAAUGGCCAGCGACUGAUAAAAGACGAAUUUAUAUGCACCACUAUCGUGUCCAUCGAUAAACUGCUAAACCGUCCUACAGUGAAUGCCCUCCUGUCCUUUGUGGUUCCCAUGGCAGUGAUCUCAGCAUUAAAUGGAGUUAUAGCCAGUCAGCUGCUGCGCAUGUUUCGGGAGUCUGCUCAGGACAAUCGCAUCUGCAUCAUCGGAGGCAACGCUACCAUGCUCAGUGUUGCUGUUGAACCCAACCGUGCCCAAUCAAUGCGCCAUGGAGUCAUGGUGCUGCGUGCCGUGGUCAUUGCUUUCGUGGUGUGCUGGCUGCCAUAUCAUGCUCGAAGACUAAUGUACUGCUAUAUCACUGAAUGGACACCAACUCUCUUCGAUUUCUACCACUACUUCUACAUGGUCACCAAUGUGCUCUUUUAUGUCAGCUCGGCCAUCAACCCCAUCCUCUACAAUCUCGUCUCUGCCAAUUACCGGCAAAUUUUUUUUUCCACGCUUCGCUACCUAAUCCUGCCAUGCCGCCAUAAGAAACAGAAGCACGUUCUCACCAGACACUACAUCAGCAUCUGCAGCAACCAGACCUUCUCCACCAGUGUCAUCAAAGAAACCAUUUACUGAAUGCUGUCAAGAUUCAGCCAUUCCAUUCCUCUAUUUCACUCAGCCAAGGAGAAACUGCUGAACCGAAGAAUGUUUUCAUAUUGAGUUAUUAUUACAAGAAUUCAUAAUAUCCAUGCUACUGAAGCUUUUAAACAGUGCAGAACUGCACUGGCACCAGAGACGCAUACAAUGUUUAUAGGAGGAAAUGUAGCACAAAAUACAAAGAACAAUGUGCCGAAACAGUGUAAAUACAAAAAAGCUAAUGUAUAUCCAGUUCAUUGUUUCCCAUUCAAAGUAUAAAAUGUAUAUCUAUGUUGUGCAGCUAAAAGUGUGAAAAGAGAAAAAAAUAUUAUGAAGGGAAAAGACUGCAGAGAGUCGGUGUUGUGUACACAGAGUCUUUAUAUCCAGCUUAUGUAAUUUACCAACACCGGAAUAACUGUGAAGACAAGGACAUACACCAUUUUGAAUUUUAUUUAAUUCACUGGCACACAACAGGGGCUUUCAAAGAGGAGGCUGCUGCAUUGUCAAAGAAGUGACUUUUGCUCGCAACACACCAAGACAUUGUCGCCAUUCCAUUGCCUUAGCAACAGUAUGUGCAAAAAGGCAGCACUGUUGUGUGCAAACUGGAGAAGAAUACAGGAUUACGAAAAAGAAAUGAUUCUCUCAUUCUAAAGCAGCUUCAAUUGAACACUGCCUUGUUCUGCAAUUUGCAGAGAGGGGAGAGUCUUCAGAUUGCAAUGAUAGAAUGUCUAACAGGCUCACUGAAAAAAACAUGCCUCUACAAUUUAAAUUUUUAGUAAAAAUAAUUUUAUAAUAGGUAUAUAGUAAACCACUAUAGGUGGUACAUUAUUUUCAAAUGUAAUACAGCAUUAACCUGUUAGCACCACUCACCAGAACAUUUCAUUUCUAUUGCUUGCCAAAUUCAGGUUCAUCUGUUUUGGGGAAAACUGAAUGCAGUGUUAGCAUUACUCAGUGGACAUUUCAAUUUGAACAAAUGUACAAGGAGCUACUUUUCAUUUUGCAUAGAUGUCGCCACAGGCAUGGUUUUCCAAUGAGCAUUGGUUGAGAAUAUGUGUUGCUGAAGGAAAGCAGAAAAGCAGCAUAAAUGUUCAGCUCAUCUCAUAUAAAUUCUGUUCAAAGACUUGUGGACAGUGUUGAGAUGAGCUUUAUAUCCAACACAAGUCAAAGGGAACCAUUUAGAGAGAGAUGAAUGGACUAGAAGAGUUGAUAGAGGGUCUGUGACAAUGAUAAUAAUAAUAUAAUGGAUAAUAAUGGAUAAUGGAAUGUGAUAAUACUAAAGAAAGCCAAAGAAAAUGGGAAGUUCAAGACUGCUGCUUUUUUCUUGUGCCUUAGAGGUGAAGAUGAGUAAGCUCUCUAGUUCAUGUUGCCGUAUAGAUAACUGAUUUCCCAUUAAAUCAUGUUGAUACAAAGUUUGUUUAAUGUUCCUAUAAAUGUCCUGGACUUGCAGUCCACCUGACACCUAGUGGUGUGGAUGUAUUUUGCAUGUAGCAAUUUUCAGUUAUUGAUGCCAUUGACUGGUCACAAUUAAUUUAAUCCUCAAGUAUUCUAAAACAAAGUAGUUAUCAAGAUAAAGUAAGUAAUAUUUAUCUGGUCAUGUGAUUGCAACAUGGCUGCCCCAUGAUUUUUACCGUUCCAAGUAAAAUAAAGCUUUUGCUAGGCUCCUAAUAUGACUGGAUUUUUAUGUAUAUACUGUAUGGACCACAUUUUGGUGCCGUCUUGAAAUCCAUCCACAUGAACCAUCAUGAGUGAACUCUACAGAACAUGGUGGAUAUUCACAGCAGGGAGGAAGCUGAGCACUUGAGCGGAGUUGUAGACCAGUGUGUUGAAGUAUACUGAAUGGAAAAAGAGUGGGUAUGAUGGCCAGGGCUAUAAGGGUACAACAAGCAACAUAAAAAUAAAAAAAUGAGAAAGUGAACGGUACGAGAGACCACCUGCUGAGACUGUAAAGAAAACAAGACCAAUGCAGUAAGAAAGGUUAAAAUGUUUGCUUGAUGGCUCUCUGGGGUGAGAGCGAGCCAUGUGGCACAUCAAACAAAACCAUUUUGUUUGGAUGAUCUGCAUCAUGGUCACUAUGACUUUUUUUAUUGUAAUUUUAUUGUUGUUGCCUACAAAUCAAUACCUUUCCUAUGUAAGCCUGGAGUAAGGCUUCACUAUAACUUCUUCUUCUUUUCUUUUUUUUGGCGCUAAACUGACUUUACAGUGUUUUAGAUCAAUAGUAAUCAGAUUCACAGUUGACAUGCCUUUAGACUGUGCCUCCAUGCUCAUAGUGUCAUAAAUCACAUUAACGAAUUCAAAACUUAUCUGAAUUGAUGUUGAAUAAAUCAAUACAAUGUACAUCCCACAAUUGAGGUUAUAACUUUUGGUGUAAAAAAAUAAAUAUGUUAUUAUUACAGUUAAUAGUAUUUGAAUAGUACUAUGUAUUGGUGUUGAUGUGUCUUGUUAUUAUUUCCUUAAUUCAGACUGAAAUUCGGAUUAUGUUGUAUUCAUUUUAAUGGGGGGAUAAUUCUGAUUAAUAAAUUGUUCAAAAGGCUUUAAAUGUUUAUAAAGCUUGUGAUGUUUGAUUUCUGCCAAUCCAUUAUAGUCCACUAAAAUUUAAUGAGUUUG